AUGGUUAACGUUACUACAUUUAUGGUUGCGACAACUGCUAUGGUGUUGGGCAUCAAUGCUCUUGACGUCAAGGCUGCUGAGCAGAUCAAGAUGGGUCUGGAAGACGCUGAAGUCAUUCCUGCGUCUGCUUCUGUCUCUGCUGCUGCGUCUGCGUCUGCCUCGGAUGUCUAUAAGGCUGCUGUUGAAUCUGUCUUGGUCCAAGCUGCUAUUGUCAAGGCUGAGAACCUCCGCAAUAAAAAAACGCUUGUAACUGCCGACAGCAUAUUUGAUGAUAUUAUCGCUGAUUUUGGAAAGUUUAUUGAUAGUUUGCUUCAUCCCGUCAUCGAGUUGCCUAGCGUCGAUUUGCCCGAUGUCGCCUUGCCCAGCGUUCAAGUGCCCAGUGUGAGUGCUGGCUUAAGCAUUGGUUUUGAUGAUGCUGCCUCAUCCUCAUCCUCAGCCGCUGCCAAGUCAACUCCCAACGCAAAGCUUAAACAUAACAAGCGUGCCAUUUACGAUAUGGAUGGCAGCUACUCUGAAUCUUCUACUCCCGCCUCUGUGGCCUCCAAUGAAUAUUCUGCCCAAGAUUUUAAUGCUGCAUCCGCCUUUGCUUCUGCCUCUGAAAUCCACUAUAUCCCUCCUGCUGCCUCUGUGAAGGCCGUCUUGAAGGCCCGUCGUAGCGAAGCUUAUGCAUCUGCUUCCUCUGCUUGGGCUGCCUCUGCCUCUGCCUCUGCCUCUGCUGAUGAGGCUGCCAUCAGUGCUGCUCCUGAAAUGUGGGAUCAAGUCAUGGUCCAUCGUUCUGCUGAUGUUGAGGUCUCGGAAGAAGAUCAAGUUUACUCUGAAGCUCAAUUUGGUGUCGAUCUUGGAGAUCUUAUUGGAGAUCUUAUCAAGGAUGACAUUGGCAAGAAUAUUGCCAGUGACAUCAAGGACAUCCCCAAGACAGCCAUCGAUUUUGAUGCUCUUCGCAGCUCAUUGCUUCAACAAUUCUCUUUUGGAACUAGUGAGGCUGCUGAAGAGGCAAGCUCUGAUGAGCUACCCAGCAGUCCUCUUUCUCUUAGUGCUAAGGAAACUUCUUCUGUACCUACUGACUCUACCACUGCCGAUUAA